GUGGCCCAGAGACCAGAAGUGAAUUUUCUGUUACUUUUUAAUUUGUAAACGAAAUGGAAAUACCUGACGAUUACAAAAUAUUAUAUCUUUAUAAAAUUAAACAGUAUGAUGAAUGUCUCAAACUAUGUGAGGAAGUGUUAAAAGAUAAAAAUGAUCGUAUGAUAGAGUUUAUUCGGAUGCGCGCGAUGACGAUACAAGUGAAGGUCGCAGCAAACGCUUACGACGAGGUUGACUACUUCACUUAUCAAGAUGAGUUGACUUCUACCGCCGUAGCGAAAACACCGAGACCUGGUACUACAUUCGAUAGGCAAAUUCGGACAGCAUAUCAGACAUCAACGAACAAAAGGGUGAGCACUGCUGCCACUAUGAAACCCGGAGGUAGUGCGGUGACGGCGCGAGCUCAAAGCGCGAGGACGGCGUUGCGGUCAGCGGGGCGUGCCUCGCGAGCCGCCACUGCCCUUGCUGGCGGCCCAUCUCUCAAUAUGCCUAUAUCCCUCAGGUUCCUAUCCAAGGAGGAGACGACGUUUUCACCAGCUGCUAAAACUUUAUUUGAAUACGUGUAUUACUGUGAAGGAGAUGUUCGAAAGGCUAUGGACGUUGCAUUUCAAGCACAAAAGAGAGACAAUUCUUCGGACUGGUGGUGGAACCAUUCCCUGUCAAGAUGCUACUACACUCUGGGAAUGUUUAGACAGGCCGACGACUGCCUACGUCGUGCACUGAAGCAAAAUAGGCAUUUAAGCGUGUAUCUUCGAUUGAUAGCUAUGUACGUGGCUUUGGACCAGCCUAUAUCAGCACUGGACAUAUGUAAGCAAGGGCUUUCGGUAUUUCUUGAGUGCACGCCCUUAUUAAUGGAACAAGCUAGAAUCAAUGAGCAGAUGGGAAACUCUGCUGUGGCAGUUAAAGACUUCAGAAUGGUAGCUAUACAGGACCCUUUCAACAUGGAGGCCGUUGCGAGUAUCGCAAUGCACAACUUCUACAAUGACCAACCCGAAAUAGCAAUGAGAUAUUACAGACGUUUGCUGGCAACAACUCCACUAGGUUCCGAGAUUUACAACAACCUUGGCUUAUGCUGUCUCUACUGUAGUCAAUGGGAUCUCAUUUUACCAUGUUUUCGACAAGCUCUCUUCUUUUCUACAAGCCCUAGUUCAAAGGCCGAUAUUUGGUUUAAUCUAGCACAUGUAGCUUUGUCUACUGGUGACAUGAAUUUGGCGAGAAGAUGUCUACAAGUGAGCCUCGCAAUUUUAGAAAAAGAAUACGUCCGCCAAGCUUUAACAACGUUAGAAGCCAGACUUAAUGCUCGGAAUGAAAAUAUUGAAAAUUAUAAAACCUAUACAUAA